UACUGCCCCUUUCACAUUGCCCCAAAUUGGUGGUGUGGCUGCAUUCACUGCUUUAUCUCCGCAGCUUUCAACGUCCCCCUUUCUCUUUUCUCCCUCUCUCCUCCCCUUCUUGCUCUAAUCUGAUGAAACACAUAGGAUUAUCUCUGUCCCUCGUGGCCAUUUUGUUCCCUCGCUGUCUGUUGGGGUGGGGGUGGGGAGUGGGGUAGAGAAGCAUUAAGUGUGGGUAUGGGGUCUUCCCCAUCAUUGACAAGGGGAGGACCAUGUCCUCUUCUCUGAUCUUGUUUGGUUGCCUUCCUCAGAUUCAUUCCCUGAAGAAAAGAUCCCAGGGGAAGUUGAAAACUCUCCCGAGGCUGUUUGGGUUUUCUCUCUGACUCCUGAGCAUCUUUUAGAAAACUCCUUCUCAGAUCUGGAUGUGAAAUCUCAGGGCGUGGAAGGAAGAUCUGGGAUUUUUCCAGAACAUGUCAAAAAUUAAAGAGGACGUAAGCAAGAACCUGUAGAAUCAAACAGCAGGCAUAUUCAGGAAGGGUGUCUUUCUUUGCUUGGAGACCAAGUUGAUUGUCUGAAUCUGGUGUCUUGAGACUAUCAGAGAAUAUUGGGGAAUACCUGUGCCUGGAACUUGCUGGCAUUCCCCCCCCCCAAAUUUCCAGAAACACUGUCAAGAUAAAAGAGACAGAAGGGACUAACAGCCAUAUUUUUAAAGGGAUCUUUUCAUUUUUGUGUGUGCGGUUCUGCUUCUUUCUUUUUCUUUUUUUAAUUCCAGGACUUUUUUUGUGGUAAUUAGUUUUCCAGAAGAGGUUAAAAAGGCUGAAUUUAAAAGAGGACUCUCAAACCAUUAAUAGCUAUGCUGGAUUUCACUCAAGGCAGAUAAAUGUAGUUGUUCAACUUUAAGAACUUAAUGGAAUGUAUUGCUGCUCAGACUAUACAGAGAGUAAGUAACCACUGAUCAUGGCAAACAAAGACCAUCAGCUCCACAACUGCUCCCUGGGGGAAACCUUGAACUAUCUCUACCCAAAUAAUCUGAGUGUCGACUGCCACCCUCUGCCAAAGAGCUCCACAAACCUAGAAGGCAUCAGGCAGGGAAGUUUUAAAGAAAGCCAGAGCCACAGACAGGACCUCCCCAAAAGCCUCAGCGGUUCUGUUUGCCAAGCCCAGGAGAAGGGGACCACUGCUGGAAGAAUUCUUAGCAGCUUCUCUCCACAAGACAAUGCACAACGUCCCAUCAGAAACAGCAGCCACUUCUUCAGUGUUGACCAGUCCCCAACAUCUGAAGAAGGGAUGAUGUAUCCUAGAACAUACCUCCAGGGAGGUCCUGUUGAGAAGUUAACUCCAGCCUCUGGUGCCAACCCCCAACAUCAGUGGACAAUGGAGGGUCCGGGAGUUGCAGUCCGGAGAAGCCUCUCCGACCUCACCUGUAGUUGCAAGCAACCGAGUCCAGCCUUCCACAUAGAGUCAAGUGCCACAUCCCCGGCGGUAUGUUCACACAGUAGUAAUUUUGCUUUGGUGGACAGACUGAUGAUUGCAGGACUGAGAUAUGGAGUGGACCCUCGUGAAAACAGCCCAGAUUUGCAAAGCCAUAGGAUGCAGGUUCCAAGUUUGUCGAGGGACCCCAAUAUUGUACCUGCUAAAGUCUUUCACCAAGGGGCUACAUCGCACAAUGUUGCUAUUUUUACAGACUCUGGAGCAUAUCCCACAAAUGUUCUUGCUUCAAGUCCUGCUCCUUUCUCCAACAGGACAGUGCAUGCUCACAGUGGAAUAGGACACGGCAGCUUUUCAACUGGCACCUGCCCACCGGGAAUGGUGACUGUUCCUAAUGCUAUCCUUCCGCCCUGCAGCAGCAGCCACGUGUCUUCUGCGGAGGGAGAAGGCACCAUUCCCGCCCACUGCCAUUCCUUACCAACACCUUCUCUCCGGUUUGCCCAGAGGCCGGCAUGUCCCAUUAAUGAACUGGGCGAAGAACAUGCCAACCCUGAGGGCUGCUCAUCUUUGCCUGCUACUGAAGUCUCCUCUGUGAAUGGGUCAAGUCUGGAAGCCAACCACAUCCCGGGAUGCUGUGGGGCCCAUGGGGAGCGGGUGGUGCCUCCUCAGCCUUAUGGACGAGCAAGCAAAGGUCAGGAGGAAACGAAGACCGUGUAUGUGGUAUGGAACAGCCACCAAGACGGGGUUCAGACAGUCAUAAAGACCAAAGACACAUGGACCAUGACCUCUAGGAAUGAUCUCACCCAGGGAUUCCAGUCUCCGCUGGACUACAGAGACGCAGAAGUGCAAACCUUCACAGGAAAGGAAUGCAAGUCCGUGGCAACCAGCCCAUCUGUUCUGGCAGAAGGCCAGCCUCAUGUCUUCCCAGAGGUGAACCUGAAGCCAGAAGCUGAAGGUGAGAAGUCUCCUGUGCAAGACGUCAGGUGGGACGAUGAAGGCAUGACCUGGGAAGUCUAUGGGGCAGCGGUUGAUCCCGAGGUGCUUGGACUGGCCAUCCAGAAGCACCUGGAGAUCCAGAUAGAACAAUUCCAAACAGAACCCGAGGAGCUUUGCGCAAAGGCCACGGAGAAGCAGCCUGCCAAAGAGGAGAAGCGAAUCUCCUUUGCCAUGGUGAUGCACUGUCUGCGAAACCCAGCCUGCUGUGCACGGUCCAACAUGGCAGUGGAGUGAACUCCACCCAAAGACCAUUGUUCCCAAACUGCCAACAAACAUUGAUUCUUCAAGGGGGCCAAGGGCACCCCAAAAGUGAAGCUUCAGGGAGGCCCUGGGACCUUCACAGCCCUGCUUGUACAGGACAGGCCUCCAAAGAAAGAGGGGGAAGGAACUAUUGCCACCUCCUUCUCUGCAGCCUCUCUUGAGGCAAUCCCCCACCUACCCUCCCUGUUCCUUCUCAGCUCUCUAAAAAAGUGGGGAAAGGUGGGAUGGGGCCUGCUGGUGGUCAGCCUCGUCAAGCUUUCUGGAGACCCUGAAUGGGCUGAUAUUCCUCCUGCAACACUGGCAGGGAAGGAAAGGCCACAGGAUUGUCCUUCUUGGCUUCUCCUACCUCAAUUGCUGCACCGUGAGGUCUUUCUCCCCCACCCCCAAGGGACUCCCUUUGCCUGGAGGCCCGCAGAGGCCCACUGUUUCUCCUGUGCAACACAGAUGUCCUCUUGGAGCAAAGCUGGCCACCACAAGAAUCUCCUCUACCCAUCAGAUAUGCUACAGCUUGAGAAGGCUGUCCUUCUCAAAGGACAGCCUAAGAGCCCUAGGAACCACAGAGGAAGCAAACUCUUCAUUUCACCCUGCAGAGAAGACAAAAAUGUUACUUGUGGAAUUACCUUGGUGCAUUUGAUGGGGAAGAGCAUUCCACUUACGCACACUUUUCCUCAGCUUUGUAAGGAUUUCUGCUCCUACCACCUAUUGGGGUAGCUUCCUUCAUUUUUGGUUUUCUGGAAGGACUGAAACACCCUUCUUCCAUCUGGAUUAGUAGUCUGAGUCUUCACAUACUUCUUAUUGUAUCAUGUUUGUGGUGUAUGUCAGUGUGAACUUGGGUUCUAAAUGUGAUUAUACGGCAAUGUGUGUAUAUAUAUAUUGCCUCCAGAAGCAGACCAGAAGGUUAAAAAUUCAUGAAGAAUAUUAUUGCCUUCUUUUUCUAUCUGCACUUUGUCAUCUUGAGUAGCAGGGAAUUCUGCUGUAAAAAAGCAGGAAUAUGACAUUAUUCCUCCUUCUCUGAAUCAAAAACUGUGUAGUUUCCUUUUAUGUUUGAUCUUUGGGGAAAACUGAACCUAAGACCUCUUUUAUUGAUGAAGCGAAUGACUGACAACUGCUUGAGUAUAUCACAACCUCCUCUUUUUGGUUAUUAGAAUCGCCUCCUGCUGUUGAUCUCUGUAUAUUUCUACAUUGAUUGUAGCCUAGAUUUUGUUCUGUCUCAAUGUUAUUUGUAUCACUAAAAUACUAGAGUGAAUGCCAUUUUAUACUUUUCGUACCAAUGCAAAUAACAUGUAAACAACGUAUUAAAUAGGCAGAGGAACACUUCUUACAGAAUGACAGAAUAAGAGAGUUGGAAGGGACCUUGGAGGUCUUCUAGUCCAACCCCCUACUCAAGCUGGAGACUCUACACAAUUUCGGACAAAUGGCUGUCCAUUCUCUCCUUAAAAGCCUCCAGUGAUGGAGCACCCACAACUUCUGGAGGCAAGCUGUUCCACAGAUUAAUCGUUCUAAUUGUCAGGAAAUUUCUCCUUAGUUCUAAGGUUGCUCCUCUCCUUGAUUAGUUUCCACCCAUUGCCUCUUGUCCUGCAGUAAGUUGACCCCCCCCCCUCUUCUCUAUGUCUAUGGAAUUAUGAGGAUCCAUGUUAUAAAUGUCUUUUUUCUUCUAGGCUGAAGAAGUUGAAGUCCUUGUGUGGUUUUGUAGACAUGAUAUUUUGGAAGAACGUUCCUUGCAACUUCUUUGGUCCACAGGGACCAACACCCUUGAGGAUAGCAUUGCUUAGCGACACGGUUAAGCAAAGAACAAACAGACAAAGAGUUAGCAGAGAUCUGAAUGGCUACUUUACAAUGAAUGCUUAACCUUAA